CGUGAGUAUAAUAUAAGUGCUUACUCUGCGAUUUAGAGAUCGAAAACGCAUUCCAUGCUCUGGCGCUCGAGGAGCACCGUAAAGCGUUCGGGCCAACUCUGUGGUCGCUCCCUGAAGGAAGCAAUACAAACUUGAUCCAGUGCUGGUUUCCGGGUGUUCACAUCAAUAUCGGAGGCGGCAGUGGUGACGGCAUGAAAGACCUCGAGCAGGGUAUAGGCAAUGCAGACGGCCCAAAGAAGAAGAAUACAAAGCAGGAGCGGAGCAAAGGUGACCUCGAGAUCAUGAGCGUUACUACGUUCUUCUGGAUGGUCGACCGUUGCCACCCUUUUCUUCGCUUCAAGAUCGACCCUGCCAUCACCGACAACUACAAGUGUGCUCUUAGUACGAUCCUGGAACGGACCAAAACCAAUACGAAAGACUCCAAAGACCCCAAAUCCGAACACUCAUAUGGCGGCUGGGGUGUUGCACCGAUCAUUGACUCGUUCCAGGGUGCCAUGGCGGCCGCCGGCUCCGAAACUCGUACGCCAGGCCAUUACUUCGUAGAUCGCGAGAAUGCUCACAAUCAUGAGCAUCACCACAAGAGAACCAACGAGUACAUGCACCCUGUUGUUCAGCAUGCUCAGUUGCAGAUAAAGUACGAACCAGAAGCACUCAAGGGCUUCAAACGGAUAUCGCUCGGCCCAGGCAAGGGCCACCAUUGGGUCAAGACGUACAAGCCAGCCGAGCCGGGACUUCUCAAGAGAGGCUGGUCUUACCUCACUGGCGCCGCUGUUCCGUCUGCCAGUGAGAAUGACAUCGUCUCCAUCCCAGAGUUUGUGAUCCCUGAACAUGGAACGAACACCGAUGGUACAUGGUGGUUCCCAUACGAGAGAAAUCUGAUCGUGACGGCGGCGCUACGAGCCAAUACUGGCGAGCUCCUCCCUCCCGAGAAGCAGCCUUCUCAGAAGGACAUUGAAGUGGAUGGAGAAGGAAUGCAGUUCUUGAACGACCUGGAUGAAGACAACAAGGACGUGGAGGGGUUUCGUGCAUGGAAAAGACAGAAGAUAACGAGUUCGAAUCCUAAGUAUCCCGGCUCCUGGUAGGCAAAAGCCACAGCCAAGUGCCCUUCUGGGCGCAGUCACAAUCUAGACCACCACGCAUAGAGAUCGCAAAAUCACAUGAACACCUCAG